ACAAAACUCUCUCAAACUCCCUGCACUCUCUCAAACUCUCACAAAAUCCCGUAGAUUUAAAAUACACUCGACUCCCCGACUCACAAAAUUUCCCAACUGUAUUCGAUCAUCGUACUCUUCUUCUUCUCCAUCUCCGGAUCUGAUCUACAAAAACCUCAACCGACAGAACUCAGAACACACAAAUUCGAGGUUUUUCCUCUCCAAUACAACAAUGAGAACACCUCGUGCCUCAACGGCAACAUCUACAACAACGAAUGACGAAUCAGGAUUCCGAGACGCAGAAUCGCUCUUCCGAACAAAACCAAUCUCAGAAAUCCGAACAAUCGAGGUCAAAACACAGAAAGAAAUCGAGGAAAAGAAAGAAGAGCUCCGUCAAUUAGUAGGUAAUCGUUACCGUGAUCUAAUCGAUUCAGCUGAUUCAAUUGUAUGUAUGAAAUCAUCAUGUCAAUCUAUAUCAUCAAACAUUUCCAUGAUUGAGAAUUACAUUCAUUCCCUUUCGCAUAAUAACUAUGAUAAUGGCGAUAAUACCCCUAGGGGGAUGAAUUACAGUAAUCCUGUUAGAGUAAGGGUGUAUGGAAUUGCUUGUAGGGUUAAGUAUUUGGUGGAUACUCCUGAGAAUAUUUGGGGUUGUUUAGAUGAAUCUAUGUUUUUAGAGGCUUCUGGGAGGUACAUUAGGGCGAAAUUGGUUCAUGAUUUGGUUGUGAGUAGUGAGAAUAAGGAGUUUUUGACGAAUUUUCCGUUGUUGGGGCAUCAAUGGGGGAUUGUUGAGAGUUUUAAAGGCCAGAUAUCUGCUAGGAGUAGAGAGAGGUUGAUGGAUUGUGAUUUGGGGAUUGGGGCUUAUGCUGAUGCAUUGGGUGCCGUUGCGGUUAUUGAUGAGUUGGGGCCGGAGGAGGUGUUGAGGUUGUUUUUGGAGUCGAGGAAAUCAUGGGUUUCACUGAAAUUAGGGGGCUCGGGGGAUGUGGUUUCGGUUUUUUGUGAUAUUGUUAAGAUAAUUCAGGUUAGUUUAGGGCAGGUAGGAGAAAUGUUUUUGCAGGUGUUGAAUGAUAUGCCGUUGUUUUAUAAAACCAUAUUGGGGUCUCCACCUGGUUCGCAGUUGUUUGGUGGGUUACCGAAUCCGGAAGAGGAAGUGAAACAGUGGAAAUUACAUAGGGAGAAGCUUGAAUCUGUUAUGUUGGUAUUGGAUAAAGAGUUGAUUGCUAAAACUUGUUUGAAUUGGUUGAAGACUUGUGGCGAAGAGACUGUUAGUAAAGUCAAUGGGAGAUACUUAAUUGAUAGUAUUAUUAGCGGGGAAGAGUUAGCGUCAGCUGAGAAGCUGAUCAGAGAGUCGUUGGAUAGUCGUAAGGUGUUGGAAGGGAGUUUGGAGUGGCUUAAGAGUGUUUUUGGAUCUGAAAUUGAGUCUCCUUGGAAUAGGAUUCGUGAACUUGUCUUGGGUACUGACGAAGAUCUCUGGGAUGGUAUUUUUGAGGAUGCUUUUGUUCGGAGGAUGAAAGAGAUUAUAGAUUCUGAAUUUAAGGAUUUAAGUAGAGUUGUUAAUGUGAGGGAUUCAAUCAGGGUAAUUGUGCCAGUUCCUGGAGUAGGUCGCAUUGAUUUCAUAACGUACUUAAACAGACCAUCUACAGGGGGUGGGGUUUGGUUUUUGGAGCCAAAUGUUAGAAAGACUGGUACAGGAUUGACAUCUAGAGGGGCAACAGAUGAAAAUGACUUCCAUAGUUGUCUGAAUGCAUAUUUCGGUCCAGAAGUUGGUCAAAUUAGAGAUGCAGUAGACAGCAGAUGCCAGAAAAUUCUAGAAGAUUUUAUGUGCUUCUUAGGGUCUCCCAGAGCUGCAUCAAGGUUGAGAGAGUUAUCUUCUUAUCUGCAGGAUGAAUGUUACGAAAGUUUAUCAAUUAUAGUGGGAGAAAUUGAAGAGGAACUUCGACACCUUUCAUCUUCGAUAAGGCAUAUCAACGAGGAUUCUGAACCACCAGCGAUAUUGGUCGAAAGAUCUCUAUUCAUUGGGCGUCUCUUAUUUGCAUUUCGAAAUCACUCAAGUCACAUACCCUUGAUACUCGGUUCUCCAAGGUUAUGGGUGAAUGCCACAAGCUCUAUGAUGUUUGAUAAGGGAACAUCACCCCACCCAGUUAACUCGAGGAUUUCCCUUGAUUCUCCCAUGCGUGAUAGCCCCAGAAGGCAAAGUCUGAAUGGCAUCAGAAGACAAUCUUCAUCUACUUCGGCUGCCUUGUCUGGGGUGAUUGACAGUGCCAGUCCAAAACUUGAUUUACUUAGCACGAAAUUCCGAGAUAUAUGUAUUUGGGCUCACAGUUUGUGGAUUACUUGGGUAUCUGAUGAAUUAUCAGCCAUUCUAUCGAAGGAAAUCAAUAACGAUGAUGCAUUGUCAUUGACAUCUUCCUCGAGGAGCUGGGAAGAAACUGUAAUUAAACAAGAGAAUUCCAGUGAGGGUCCUGUGGAGAUGAAGAUAGAACUUCCUUCCAUGCCUUCACUUUAUCUUACAUCUUUCCUAUAUCAAGCUAGUGAAGAGGUUCAUAGAAUUGGAGGGCACGUCCUUGACAAAUUGAUUCUGCAGAAGUUUGCUCUGGGACUUUUGGAAAGGGUGCUGAGUAUAUAUGGCAGCUUUGUUUCUACCUUAGAUGCUCGCAGUCCUAAGGUGACUGAAAGAGGAGUGCUGCAAAUUCUAUUAGACUUGAGGUUUGUUUUUGAUGUUUUAUCUGGGGGUGACUUGAACAUGAACGAUGAGUUAUCUAAAACUCCCAAGUCCAAGCUCUCUAUGAAAAGCCAGGUGCAAAAACAGAACUCCUCUGAGAGUAGAAAGCGUGUCCUGGAAUUGACAAGUAGUCUCUCACAAAGACUGGAUCCUAUAGACUGGCAAACGUAUGAGUCUUAUCUCUGGGAGAAUGAGAAACAGGCGUACCUACGGCAUGCUGUCCUCUUUGGUUUCUUUGUGCAGCUUAAUCGAAUGUACACUGACACCCAGCGGAAAUUACCUAGCAAUUCUGAGUCAAACAUAAUGAGGUGUUCCGUAGUCCCACGCUUCAAAUACCUUCCAAUCAGUGCUCCAGCAUUAUCUUCAAGAGGGACAGCUAAAUCAGCUCUUCCAAGUUCCACUGAAGAUAUAUCCUCCAGAAGCUCCUGGAAAAGCUAUCCGAGUGGAGACACCUCACCAAAACUUGAUUAUGACGAUACAUCUAGCUUUGGAGUUGCCAGUCCAUUUCUUAAGUCUUUCAUGCAGGUCGGCAGUAGAUUUGGUGAGAGCACACUGAAACUAGGAUCCAUGCUUACAGAUGGACAAGUAGGAAGGCUAAAGGACAAAUCAGCAGCAGCCAUGUCGACAUUCGGUGACAUGUUACCAGUCCAGGCAGCCGGCCUUCUAUCUUCUCUUAGUGUCAGGUCAACUGACCUUUGAGCACCGAACAGUAUUUAAUUCAUUUUUUUUUCCUCAAGAUUUUUAUAACAUAUUGGAGGUUUUCUUCCAUAUCAUCAUCUGGGUUUUUGCCAUCCUUUUUUGCAAGUCUAAGUUUUUCAGGAACAGUAAAGAAAAACCACAAUGAUAUUCAAUGUACAGUGUAGUUGAUGUAUUAUUGCAAUGUUACUUGGCGCACUUCUGCGUCUUUUCUGUACCUUUUUGUGUUUUUUUUUUUACAUUCAGGAUCCGUCAAGGGUAGAGACUACUAUGUAUUGACCGAGCUAUAUAAAUAUAUCCAGCAGAAGUUUUUACA